AUGCGUCCGUCAGAGUUCCACACUCUCUUCACAGGCAAAAAUCUGAGAUGGGAGAUUUUGGGCUUGAUCAUGGCGAUUGCCGGCUCUAGUGCCCAGUUCACAUCGCCUAACGACCCCCUCUUCACAUUAGAAGAUGGCAAGCAGAUGAAUAGAGAGGAGUUCAUCGAGGACAUAAUGCAUGCAACCAAUACGUGUAUCAACAUCUGCCAAACACAUGGCGCUGUCAAUGAGCUCAUGGUAUGCCUCGUUUACAUCAACCUGAUGGUAGUCAGUAGCUUCUAUGGGGACAACCAUCAUGCUACUUGGAGGCGUAUGGGCGACAGCGUAUCCGCACUUUACGCUGCGGGAAUCCACUGCGAGGCUUGCAACGUAGACGGUAGCAACGCAGAACCGUUCUUCAUGCGCGAAUUCAGGAGACGACUCUACGCGGCGAUAUAUUACGGCGACAAGACGCUAGCGGUGUUCUACGGAAGGCCUCCGAUGAUGGGCUGGAGAUACAGUGACCGCAAGAUGUUGUUGGACAUUAGCGAUCGCGCUAUGGCCUCGGACGAUACUGAAGUACUCAAUGCUGCGCUCUCGAAGCUCGACAGCGACGGUUGGAAUACCGAAGGUCAUCUACACCCUACUACUUUCGGUAGGAUGCGAUGCCAACUUGCUGUGUUUAAAGAGAGGUUGUUAGAGCAAAGUCUUGCAGGCGAAAAGGAUAGUGAAGUGGUGCGGAAUGUCGAGUACGUCUAG